UCUCGAUGCGACCGGAGUAUCUAUAGAUCAGCUUCAUUCCCAACAACUUCAGAGGCCAUACAUCCUCCGCAUUGCCGCCAUCCAUGCGAUUUUGUGAUGUGGUCGCAAAGUUCAAAAUUGACGUGAACGCGACGUCGACCGCGACGACCAACGAGCAAGCCGAGAAGCUGGGCCGUUCACAGGCGAGAUGAGUGAUGAUGACUUUAUGCAAGCGUCCGAUGAAGAGCAGAGACAUUGAUCUAGAGAACCAAUACUACCAGGCAAAAGCGCUCAAAGAGGACGACCCAAAGGCCGCCAUUGAGGCGCUUUCUGCAGUUGUCGCAGCAGAAGAGGAGAAGGGAGACUGGGGCUUCAAGUCACUGAAGCAAAUAUGCAAAAUCUCAUUCAAUGUUCUCAAUGACAAGGAAGCGACGCUCAAAUCCUACAAGCGGCUGCUGGCAUACACCAAGUCGGCAGUGACGAAAAACACAUCAGAGAAGGCGCUCAACAACAUUCUCGAGUAUGUGUCCAAGUCAGAUGAUACAGUCUUCAUGCAAGACUUCUACGCAAUGACGCUCGAAAAUCUGGCAGAGGCCAAGAAUGAUAGACUAUGGCUGAAGACAAAUCUCAAGCUGGCUAAGGUCUGGCUUGAUCGCAAAGAAUUUGGCAGACUCAACAAAAUCCUCAAGGAGCUGCAUGCUGCUUGCGAGACAAAGGAUGGCGAGCAGGAUCAGUCCAAGGGUUCCCACUUGCUCGAAGUCUAUGCUCUAGAGAUUCAGAUGUACACGGAGACGAAGAACACCAAACGGCUCAAAGAGAUCUAUCAGCGCACCCUACGCAUCAAGAGCAGCAUAACACAUCCACGUAUCCUCGGCAUCAUCCGAGAAUGCGGCGGCAAGAUGCACAUGCAUGAAAAGAACUGGGUCGCUGCACAGGAAGACUUUUUCGAAUCCUUCCGCAACUACGAUGAGGCCGGCCUGUACCAGCGCAUUUCCGUGCUCAAAUACCUCGUGCUGGCUAAUAUGCUGAUGCAAUCGGAAAUCAACCCGUUCGAAAGCCAAGAGACAAAGCCUUACAAGCAAAACCCAGAAAUCCAGGGCAUGAUGUCGCUGGUUGAUGCGUAUCAGCGAAAUGACAUCGACUCUUUUGAGCGAAUUUUGAGAGAGCAUCGUGGUACUAUCAUGUCAGAUCCAUUCAUCGCACAAUACGUCGGCGAGAUUACCGUCAACGUUAGAACGGCAGUCUUGCUCAAGCUGGUUGCAUCCUACAGUCGAAUUCAAAUAUCCUUCAUGGCUUCUGAGCUAAAUAUAAGCGAGAACGAGGUGGAGCAGCUCGUCAUCCAAUUGAUUCUUGAUGACCAAAUUGACGGUGUGCUAGACGAGCAAUUGGGUAGGCUGGAAAUGGCAAAGAAAGCGACGGGCUCGCGUGCUGAAGUGCUCAGCAAUCUGGUCUCGGAAGUCGAUUAUUUGUGGCGAAACAGCGCCUCCAGAAUAGGAGUGCCGGGGAAUUAGUUUUACUGGCUAGACACGGUCUCAGGCAUUC